AUGUCGAUAGGGACACCCUAUGCGGAUGACCUGGUGGUUCUUAUUGCGGGCUCCGAUCUCGGCGAAAUUCAGGGGCGUGCUGGGACUGCGCUCGGCUCAUUUCGAGGCUGGGUGGCUGAAAGGGGCUUCACCUUCUCUGCAGUAAAGUUUUAUGCACUACCCUUGAAAGGCGUACUACAGCCCGGCUUUUCAAUUGAAUUCGGUCAGGACAAUAUCGUGGCUGUAAGUUCAGUUAGGUACCUUGGAAUCGAGUUGGACAGUAAACGUAAUUUCUGGGCACACGUGAAGAGCGUGGCCGGAAAAUCCGAGGUCUUCUACAGUAGGCUCAGAACAGCGACUUCGGCCAACUGGGGCAUCCGGCAGGCAACUUCGACCAUCUACAAAGCGGUAUUCUUACCGAGAAUCACAUACGCGUCGGAGAUCUGACUUCGGGUAUUUUCACGGCGAAAGUGGUAAAAUUCCAGAACCACAGCGACGAAUGCGUUGCAAGUGGUUGCUGAGCAGCUACCUCUUGAUUUGGAAAUUUGUUGGAACGUAGUUAGAUAAAACCGGAAGAUUUCCGAGACGGUCGACCAGUGGAAUAGGAUCUUGGAUAUCUGGCAAACCAGGUGGGACACCAACGAGAAGGAGCGAUGGACCCACUCGAUAAUCUCUGAGGUUAGAAGGAGGCUUGAGCUGUCGCUUGAGACCCAGUUCCUCACGGGGCAUGGGAAUUUCAACGCCAAGCUGAAUUCCUUUGCACUGCGGGGAUCGGCGGCUUGUAGGUGCGGUACCGAGAACGAGACGGUAGAACAUGUGCUCUUUAGGUGCCCGGAACUCACACUCGUGAGAGGCCGGCUGAUUAGGGACAUUGGCGAGGACCGGUGGCCGUGUUCGACCGAGGUGUUUCUGAACACUAGAGCGAAUUACUGCGCGUUGCGUCGCUUUGCGAACAACGCGAUCGAAGCCAAACGGUUGGUGGAUAGGUAG